CUGACUGGUGGAGUUAAGAAAGAAGGGAGGGCCAGAGUGUGUCUAAUACAUUUGGGAGACUCCGGGACACUGAAGAAAAGCACACAGAUACCUGGCAAGCACACAACUACUUAUUUUUCAACAGCAGAAUGGGGAACUCAAUACCAAAUUGUCUCGAACGUUGCAAGAAAAAGCCAAGCUCUGAUCUGGUAAGUGCUCUACAGUUUAUUUAAAUACUUUGGCAGGGUAAGGAUCGAUGUUUGAAGAGGUUGGGAACUGGUGUCUUUCAAUUGUUUUACACAAGGCACUUUAAAUGUUUUACUUGAGAAAUUUUAAACAGACAUACACAUUUUAUUUUAGCAUACGGGUCAAUAUUGGUUUCCUUUUAUUGCAUGAACUUUUAAAUUUAAGGUGAGAAUUAGAGAUAAGAUUAGUAUUAGGUUCUUUUUAUACUAAGACAACACACAUAUUUCAGCCUGCCUGAGAGUAAUGGGAGUUGCACAGCCAGCAGCAGCAGCUAAUAUUUUCAGCUUGUUUCCUUAGUUUAGCUCCUAUCCCUACGAUGAUAUGCUGGGAAGGGAGCUAGGGAGACAGGAUUGCAGGAUAUCUAUCCGCACAGUCCUCUCUCAGCAUAUCAUCAUUAGGAAAUAGAGUGAUCUAAUGGUAGACUUGUGCACAAUGGCCAUUCAGCGAUGCUAAACAAAUCAAAUGCAAGAUAAUUGCUGGGUGAACAAAUUGAUUUGUUUUCUAAUUCAUGAACAAAUUGGUUCAUUCAGCAUAGAUCAAUGGGAUUUAUGCACAAGUCUAUUUAAUGGCACUUGUUGCAACCAUGAAGGAGUGUGUCUGUUUGUCUGUUUGUCUAUCCUUCUGUGUUUUGCCAAGUUCAUCUGUAAUUUUGUUUUGUGCUUUCUGCAAUAAAUUGUACAUAAAAAAGAGAUAAUAAAUCUGCAUACGCAGCACAGAAGUCUAGGAAAAUUGAGUGAAAAAUUAUUUUUCAGAUCUUCUGUCUGACGCAGGUGUUUUCUAAAGUUGGGAUACAUAUUGUAUGUGAAGUAGCAGAUUUUUUCUAAUUUAAGUGCAUAGUCAUGUAUUUUGUUAGAGGCACACACACUAACACACUCACUAACAGACAAACACAUACUAACACAGGCAUAGGCAACCUUCGGCAUUCCAGAUGUUUUGGACUACAACUCCCAUGAUCAGUGAUCCCUCGCCGUCCGCUCAGAAAGUGCCGCCGCUGUCAGCCUUAGGGGGCCCAGAGGUGGCCAGCCGGCCAGCUCCUGGGCCCCCAAAGACAAGAGGUUGGCAAGGCAUUUGCCAGGGCGAUUGGGGGGUGGCUUUUUUGCCGCCCCCCAGAAAGUGACGCCCAAGGCAAAUGCCUUGUCAGCCUCACGGUAAAUCACCCCUGGAGCUAUCUAGUAAGAAGCUGAGAGACUAAAAGGAUGGCUUUUCGUUAUUUUGGUCUUUCAGACGACUAUACUAAUACUAAGUUUAAAUGACUUAGUAUUAGUAAAUGAGGGAGGUUAAAUCCUCGCACCUGCCCUUACCCGCUGUGUCACGAGUAGCGGUAUGUCUACUAAACAUGUCUACUAAACAGUGAGCAGUCAGUGGCUGCUCACUGAUAUAAAAAAGACUAGUGACUGGGCAGAGUCGCUAAUCCAAUAAAGGGGGACCUGGCAAGGGUCCCCCAAGUCCCCAUGGUAGGGCACCUAUCUAAAUAAUUAACUGUCCCACCUUUGCUCCUCAAAUGGGGGCUAUUAAACAAAACAGGGGAACCAAGUGUCUCAUAGGGUCACAUUGUCACCCACAGUGGGUGGGAGCCGUGGGUGCCCUAAAUCAUAAUCAUAAUAUUGUCCCCUCACCCCCUACGCAUUGGCAGCUGGUGUGGACCCUAAAUCCUAAAGUGGGGGUGGACCUAUUGUCCUUCCCAGCCUCCACUCAUUGGCAACAGUUGGGGUAACUUAAUUGUGGACCUUUUCUCCCACCCCCUUGCACUCCUUGUGUUAAUUACCCUCUCUCCCUGACCAGAGGUUUUCAAGCCCCUAGAAACACCCUCUAGGUAACUAUCAUCCCUCCCUAAUAAAUAAAAUACCCUACCUGAAUCCUUCAAUAAUAUUGAGAGGGGGGCAAUAAAUUAAAUAACUAUAAAAUAAAAAAAUAACACUUACUAUGUGAUGUAUUCUUUAUUCUCGCAUCUUCUUUUUUUCUGCCCCAAAAAAGGCUAAAUAAAAAUCCAUAAGGUUGCAUUGAACUAUUAAAAAAACUAAUUAAAAGCAGCAAAAAAAAAAAAAAUACCCUGAAAGAAAAUCAAGACAAAAAAAAAUCUAUCUUCACCCCAUGAGCGCUCCGCACAGACAGUACUUGCAGUGUUUGUUUCAUUUGUAAUUUCUAUUCGCUCAUUCGUCUUUCGGACAUAUGGACAGGUAGCCGAAUUUCAGAUGAAAACGUGUUCAUUUGAAAACAAACGUCCAAGUCUAUAUUCUACUGUACAGUAUCUACAUAUAAUAAGGCAAAUCCUUUAUUUAUCCUUUAAAAUAUACACCAGACAGCAGUUCUGAAAGCUCUAAAAAAAAACACUAAGUUGUUGCAAAAGCUACAAAAAUGUUGAUGGAGAAGUGAAAAGAGAAAAUGCUGUCUAUGCUUAUCUGUCUGUCUGUUUAUAUCUAUUAACAUCUAUUUUUAUUGAAUGAAUCUCCACUAUUAUGCCUUAAUGCAACUCUUUUAGUCUAUUUCUAUCUGUGAAAGUCACACGUCUAGGUUAGUAAAUGUUAGAUAGUUUUGAUAACAAUCUAACUGUAUUUGUAAAUUGAACAGAAAUACCGACUGCAGGUAAUUCUCAUAGAACACACAAAAUGUAGAUAUUUCUUAGAAAUUUUUAACGAAAAAAAAAAAUCAAUUUUAACGUUUCACUUUUUUUACACUAAUAGUAAAAAGAUAAUGUUGUGUUAUGGCAGUGUACAGUGUGGGAGCAAGGUGACCCCACUCCUGUGUUCAUACACAUUGCUCCUUUUAGUACUGAAUAUAAACAUACACCUGUGCAGCAUGACCAGCGAGGGAACAGAGAAUGUCUGAUCAUCAUUAGAACUUAGAUAUAAAAUAAUGUACCAGAACAUGCCCAAACCUGUUCUUCACUCUCAACCUUGGAUACCCAAACAUCUAUUGAAUUGUGCUCGUAGUUUGAUAUAGGCUGGUAAAAAAAAAAACUUCAGCUGGCAGUCAGAUUUCCCUUUGGAUCAAAAACUUGGUGUCUCAAUAAUUAUUUCCUGGAAUAUUAUUAUUUUUUUUUUAAUUCAUUGUCAAAAGAUCUUUGGGCAGAUAACUCAUGUAACACAUAUUUACGUAUAUUUUGAUUCAGAUAUUUUUUGUAAUUUUUUUUUUUUUGUUCAUUGGCAUUUCAAAUUCAUUGGCAUUAGAAAGGAGCAAAGGGCAAGCAAUGUCAUUGGAGUAAGGAACAAUGUAGAAAGACAAUCAAGUGAACAAAUCCUACUUCUUUGCAAGAACAAUUGUUAACCCCAUCUUAACCCACAUUGCUUCGUGUGUAUCUCAAUUCCCCUUAUAUUUUUUGAAUGUAUUUUUUGUUUCCUAACUCAUCCUCACCUCUUCUAUCUUUUAACCCUUUACCCUUUUGUUGCCCUGCCCCCCACAUACAUACACAGUCACAUGCAUAUAUACAUAGACAUUUAAUCAUACAUGCUGUCACAUUCAAAAAUGGAUGCACACAGUCACAUACAUAGAAACACAAACAAAUGCACAGUCGCAUAGAUACGCAAUCACACACAAUCAUGUGUAGACCUAGACACACAGUCACAUACACACAAAGUCAGAUGCACACUAUCACAUACAGUCACACACUUUGUCAAAUAAAGUCAUAUACACAAUAACACGCACAGAGUUAUGAACGAUCACUCACAAUCACACACAAUUACACAUAAAGCCAUCACACACAGUCAUGCACACAAACCCACAUAAAGUCACAUGGACACAGUAGCAAACAGUCAUAUACAUACAGUCAUAUAAAUACAGUCACAUGCACACACAUACACACAGUCUCACAUUAUUAUUAUAAGUAUUAUUAUAUUUAUACAGCACCAACAAAUUCCGCAGCGCUUUACAGUGGGUGGACGAACAAACGUGUAGUUGUAACCAGGCAAGUUUGAUACACAGAAACAGAGGUGUAAUGAGCUUACAUGCUAGAGGGAGUGGGGUAAAGUGACACAAAAGGUAAGGAUAGUGUUAGGGAAGUAGAUUGGUAGAAUAGUAUUCAAUGAAAACACAGUAACACACAAACACAGUCAUCAAAUUCCCCCAUCAUGCUGCAUAUUGUUUUGGACAAGAGUAGAGGAGACUGGAGUUACAGUCACUGGUGUCAAGUGGUGGGGAUGCAGGGACACCUUCCUUCUUCCCUCUCUGAGCGUGGCACAGUUAGCAGGCAGCAAGUAAUGGCAUAUGGCUCUCUGUGAAACCUGGGUAGAGGAUAAUGAAAUCUUCUAGCGGAAUCUUGAGCCAACACUCUACAAAAAGUAACAGGCAGGGCAGGGACGUUGAUCAUCAAUUUAACAUGUGCUAAUAUCAUCAAUUAAAUAGGCAGUUUGAAACACAAUUAUCAAGUGAGUAAGAAACAUACAUGCACAUAUACAUAUUGUUUGCAUUUGUGUGAUCCUACAUCCUACUACAUGUUACAUCUUAAAGAGACACUCCAAAUGCCAUAAAAACUUAUAAGCUUAUAAAUGCAGACAUUUGAAGCAUCACCAAGAAUUUACCAAGGUGACAUACUAGAUUUAAAAUUAAAGAGUUGCAUCAAGGCCUCUGAUUUCCAAUAAUCCGUGCUUUAGCUUUGUAAAAACAGUUAUGCUGAAUUAACACUCACUUAUUUGUAAAUAGGUCUCAGAGUACAUUUUUGUCAGCAUAUUAACGUGGUAAUUUAUUUUGUAUUGUAAAGGAUAAAAGCGAGAAAACUAAUACUGAUGAGAAUACAGAACGAGGAAACUGGUCCAGCAAAUCAGAAUAUCUCUUAUCCAUGGUAGGAUAUGCUGUGGGUUUAGGGAACGUUUGGAGAUUUCCCUAUCUCACCUUCCAGAAUGGAGGAGGUAAUGUAUCAUUUAACAUCUUAACAAGUUUGCAUUCAUCGAUUUGAUAAGAUUUUUAAAUUGACAGCAUGCAAGCUUGGUGUGGGAUCCAAAGACAAUCCAUGCUUUUUUGAGGGGGGGGGAGGGGAAGAAGGGGGGGCUUGUUAUAAUCUCUAUUUAAAUAAUCAUCAGCUUUUGCAUAAUUUUAAUAGAGUGAGGGGCAGUUUCCACUGGCAAUAAUAAAACAAAAGAUUACAUUUAAAAGAAUGUAUUAAUCAUUUAUAUCUGUUACUGCGCAAUCUAAGAAGGUGGGGCUGUUUCAACAUUGGUUCCAUGUCAAGUGAGAACUGUGUCCUGUUCUGACUGUGAUAUUAGCAGUACACCAACUGAACAUUUAUGGUUUGACACAAAAGUCAGUUUUCCCAGUGCAUCUUAAUCUGUUGUGUUACCAAAACUCAGCUGCAACGCUGUCUUCAUCACUUGUAUGCAGGGUAGGAAGGCAAUGGAAAGGGGGGGCAGUUGCCCUCUGGGCCACUAAAAUAUAGAAGAUUUCAUCCCAAUCCUAAAUCAUAUUAUGUAACAUUAUUAUUAUUAUUAUUAUUAUGUUUUAUUUAUUUAUUUAUUGCUAUUAUUUUAUUCUAAUUGUUGCAGUACAGUAUAAAACAUUUAUUAUUACAUUAAGAAAGAAAAUGGAGUGUGGUAAGGCAAUGUACUGGUUCGGUUUUCAAAAUGGGUGUCUUUUUUUAUUUUGCCAGCCUCCCUUGUUUAAAUCUGUCAUCUUUAUAUUGUCUUUCAAUUCCUUGCUGUUAUUCUAUGUAAAUGCAUAUAAUAAUAAUAUGAUGUAGGCCCAUUUCCAGCUAGUGGCAUAUUAGCAUGCCUAUGUCUAAAAGCUUAUCUACAGAUAUAGCACACAACAUGUGUUCCAUGUUGUAUUGGAAAUAAGCACCAUCCCCAAACAGUCGCACCAUACUGAGGAGGUGCCAAUAAUAGCUGAUCAGCCUGCACAAUUGAAGCAAACAUAUGGUAAAAUAAUAACUCAAACUAGAAAUAAUAUAUUUUAAAUAAAAAAUAUUUUUUAAGCAAUAUUAAUUUUAAUUGUAUACAUAUAUAGCCAUCCUCGUGAGAUCAGUAAUACACAUGCAGUACAAAGUGUUCAUUUCUUUCAUUUUGCGUGCUACCUGGGUGGCUCACUAUCUGGAAAUUAUAAUAAAAAAUAAAUACUAUUUUGGGGGUUUUGGAGGUAUUUUUUUUCAUCAAUCUGUCCACUUAGUUAUAAAACAGCAUAGCAGAACCUCAGAAACAAUGUUCGGUCAAAUUGCUCUUUAUAACCCUUACUGUGCAUUAAUUAAGAUAUUUAAUUUAUUAACUUGCUCUUUGAAAUGUGAGUGAAUCUUGUAUCUUUUUUACAACUCCCAAUAGAUGUUGGCAACUUCAUACCAGAGUUAUCUUUCUUUUCUUUUAUGUCUUAUUUUGCUACAAUCAACUAAUGUGCGGGUAAUGCCUUAUCAUAAAAAUCCGAAAAUCUAAUUUUACCUCUAGGUGAAGGUUAUUUUUGAUGUAUAAUGAUAUGAUUCUAAAACAUUUAGCUUUUCCAUUUAAUUCUGUUUAUCUGUUUUAUCCUGAUUUUCUCUCUUUCUUACUUUUCAUUUAUUUAUUCAUUUAUUUUGCAAUAACCUCAUAUGCACUGCGGCACAUAAAUAACCUUAAACUUACGUCAUUUUCUCCUCCAUCCAGGUGCAUUUCUCAUCCCAUACACCAUUAUGCUUGCGCUGGCUGGACUUCCUCUGUUUUUCUUAGAGUGUUCUCUUGGACAGUUUUCUAGUUUAGGACCAGUCGCCAUGUGGAAGGUUCUCCCUAUCUUUGAAGGUUAGUAGACAAAAACGAGAUCAAUAUUUUUGCCUUGCCAGAUCGUUAAGAAUUAACUGUGGAAACUGUAAUUAUUACUCACUUAACUACACGUGUCAGGCAUGCUUAAAUGGAUAAAGUGAUCCUUGCGCUAAAUUAAUUUUAAAAAUGAAUCAUUAGAACAUAAACAAAACUGUCAACAUACUCCUUUAUUUUCAAGUGAUUCAGCAGUUUGUUCAAAUACGUCUAAUUAUAGAUUUUCAACAGACAAAAUAUGACACAAGUCAAGAUGAUUGGGAUCAAAAUCUGUCCCAUUUCUUAGGACGCCUAAAGGGACCGUCCAAGCACCAAAAUUAUUACAGCUUAUAGAGCAGGCAUAGGCAACCUUCGGCACUCCAGAUGUUUUAGACUACACUUCCCAUGAUGCUUUGCCAGCAUUAUGGAUUUAAGAGCGUUUUGGGGGAGGUAGUCCACAACAUCUGGAGUGUCACCAGUUGCCUACCCCUGUUAUAGAGCACAGAGGCUAUGGGUUCAGCCUCUCCAGUUUUUGUCAAAUAAUUUUAAUAGGUUUGAAAUAAGCAGAAGUUUUGAUUAAAAUAUAUUCAUAGGUACGCAUUAUUCAGCUUAAAUGAAAUUAUGUUAACCAACUCAGAGUAAACAAAUUGAUACAGACUAGGGAGCUGCAGAUGUGAUAUAUAUAUAUAUAUAUAUAUAUAUAUAUAUAUAUAUAUAUACAUAUAUAUAUAUCUUUAAAAAAAAAACAGCUUAACGUUUGACAUUUGAAAACUGACACGAUGUGCUACACAUUAAAAUAACAACUGCCUUUCUAUUGCGGUAUCAGAUUAAUUUCAAUUCUUUCAAAGAAAGGAAACACAUUAACAUGUCCAUCUUGUUUUGUUUUUGAAUCCACAGGUGUUGGAAUUACAAUGGUUCUUAUUUCGACACUAGUAACAAUCUAUUAUAAUAUCAUCAUUGCCUACAGCCUGUACUAUCUCUUUGCUUCGUUUACAAGUGUACUUCCGUGGUCUGAGUGUUUUGAUUGGUCUGAUGCCAACUGUAGCAAGACUCCCAAAGGUAAUCCACUUAUUUAUUUAAAAUAAAAUAUAAUUUAUAGUUUUCUAAACAUAGAUUAUUUUCUAUUCAUUUUUGUGAUAAUUUAUUUGAAAUCCCCUUUAGAGUUUAAGUCUUUGAAUAUGUCCCUUAGUAACUUCUCUUUCUGUACGUCCAACUUCUUCUUGUAAAAACGUGUUUGUUAGUCCACCCAUUAUACAGAGCUGUAGACUAUGGUGGCAAUUUAUAACUAAUAAUAGUAGGAAACGAACAAACAUUGGUGAACAUAGAAACAUAGAAUGUGAGUGCAUAUAAGAACUGUUUGGCCCAUCUAGUCUGCCCAAUUUUCUAAAUGCCUUCAUUAGUCCCUGGCCUUUUUUAAGUCUAAGAUGCCUAUCCCACGCAUGCUUAAACUCCCUCACUGUGUUAACCUCUACCACUUCAGCUGGAAGACUAUUCCAUGUUUCCACUACCCUCUUUGUAAAGUAAUACUUCCUGAUAUUAUUUUUAAACCUUUGCUCCUCUAAUUUAAGACUAUGUUCUUUUGUUGUGGUACUUUUUCUUCUUUUAAUUCCUUUUGAUUCCUUUUAUGUGUUUAAAUGUUUCUAUUAUAUUUCUCCCCCUUCCCCCCCCCCACCUCUGUCUCAUCUUUCCUCCAAGCUAUACAAAGUGAAUAAGUUCAGUGCAGUCUCUCUUUCCUUUCUAAAUCAUCUUGUCUCCAAUUUGCUUGUCUCCCCAUGUUUCUUCUUUCCCUACUGCCCUUUAUUCUUUAAUCACACUUUUCUUUUCUAUAUUAUUUCUGUCUCGCUCAUUCAUCUUUUCUCUUGUUUAUUCCUGUAACUACUGUAUCACAAACUCACUGUAUUCUCAAUUUUAUUGGUUUAAAAAAAAACAUCUACAGUGUUUUUAAGCCUAUUUCUCAAAACAUUUUUAGCUCUCUUCUAAUCUUUCCAUAAUUCUAAUCACUUAAAGAGAUCUUCACAUCUGUCAGUAGAGACCAUAAAAUCACUGCCCCUCAUAGUCAUGCACACUGUUUUUCAAUAAUGCUGCACCCAGUACUUAGAGGAAGAAUAGAUAUUUUUCUAGAUAAGAGAUAUCUCGCCUACUGGCAACUUAUUGUGAAGCACUUGAUUGCAGUGAGACACUAAAUGUUGACAUCAUUUAUUUAGUGACAUGCAUUGUUUUUUGUGGUCUAAGUAGUGUGUCCUUUUUUCCUAGAUAGAAACUGGGAAAAUUCACAGGUAUCCACACUGUGAGUUACUGAGAAACACAAUUUUCAUCUCUUGAUAAUUUAAGACAAUUUUCUAUACUAAAAGGAAUUUGAAAUUUGACGAGUUAAACAGAAUUUAUCAGGGAACAGUUAGAUAAUUACUUAAUUUAAUGGCACUACGAUUAGAUGGCUUACUUAUUAAGUUCUACUAGUGUUUGAAUCCCAGACUUAAAUGAGGAUAUGUCAAAGACUGACAGAUCUCGUCUGUGUCAUGCAAACAUACGAGGAAAAUAAAAGCAUUAUAAAUUGUAUUUAUCUGUUUUGCAAAUGUCAACUAUCUUGAAAACUUAUCAGGUGUCUACCUACAUGUCAGUUUAAAUGUUUCUGUUCUUUAUACUCUACUAACAAACAAGAUAGAUUGUAUAUUUAUCCAACUCAAACAAAGACAUCUCUUUUGGAUUAAUUAUCUGUGGACGGUCAAUAUUACCAUUGACUGAUAACAUUUCUUUCACAGGAUUUUGCAGCGUUAAAAUGAGCUCCGGUUCAUUGGAAACAGUCAAUCUUACUUUUGUAAAGCAAGAAAACUACACCUGUUUACCUAAUACAACUGUGAUGUUCGACACAGAAAUCCCAAGCAAGCAAUACUGGGAGUGAGUAUAUAUUCAUAAGAAAUUGAUACAUUAACCUUUAUCCAUUGCAGCCUGGAAUUAAUUCAUUUGCAUAGGCUGGGUUCAAUUAUUUAAUCUUAUUUCCAUACAAUUAUGUGAUGUAAAUUUUAAAUUGGCCUUUUCACUUAGCCAUACAAAAAUAGCAAAACUUUGUUGGAAUUUAUAAUCUACGAUUGCUCCAUUUAUGAAAAUAGUAAACACUUCAUACCAGAAAAAUAAACCCAUCACAAUAUAUAUCUAAAACAAGGCCACAAAUUCUUGUGAAGUGGGGAUGACAUUAAAUUUAUCUUGAAAAUGUUUAGCCACCCCAAACCAAACAAUCUCAAUAAACAUAAAGAAGAAUGUUUUCCUCUAUUAAAUUGCCAACAUUCUGAUAAACUAGCUUAAUGAUGUUACGAACAGGUGAAAAUAUCACUACUGAAAUCUUUUUUUGUAAUAUUUUGGUAGCAAUAUAAAUAUCACAAUUACUGUAGGAACCAAUGAAACAUAUUUCCACAGAGACCAUUGUCUUGUAUUAUUUUGGGGGUCGGUAAAUAUUUUUUUUUAAGUUCCCAUGGUAAAAAUUGGAUAACCAUCAAUCCCUCCCACAAAUAAAAAUUGUUAUAUAUAUAUAUUACAGGUCACUUUCGUUUUAAAAUAUCAUUUUAAUUUUCUACAUACAAUUAUUGAUCUGGUGUUUAAUUCCAUAAUUAUUUAUUUGAUUACUAAAAUGUAAUCCAAUUCUUCUUUUGUUAAAAAUACAUGCAUGAUUGAGAUAGCUCUAAUAAGUAUGCAUUAUAAUAAUUAUAGUUGUGUAAGUAUAUAUCAUUAGUCUAUCAAAAUAAAGGUACAUUUAAAUUCAAGGAAAAUUAUGUAGGCCAAAUCAUUUUUUCAAGUGAUAUAAAUAGCAUUUUAAUCAGUAAAAGCUAAUAUUUAGAAAUAUAUAUAAUAUUUUUUAUGAGAGAACCAGCAAUAAUUGUUUUAUUUAAAUUUGUAGAAAGGUGGCACUUCGUCGUUCUAGUGGUCUCGAUGAGACUGGAGAAGUUGUUUGGUACUUGGCCCUAUGUCUUCUUCUUGCAUGGAUAAUUAUUGGAGCUGCACUGUUUAAAGGCAUUAAAUCUUCAGGAAAGGUAAAGAUAUAAAUGACAUAGUCAAUUGAGAGAUAAUCUUUGUAUUGCUUUAUGGGAUACAUAGGUGUGUGCAAGGUGUCUUCCAGGUGUGCCCUAAUACAGGGAUCAGUUGUGUACACUGUCCUCCCAUUUAGGAUCCAACUUGCCAGUUUGAAAUUGUUCUAGUUAAAGAUCUACGUUAUAAUUUAUCUUUGUAAAUUAUGUUAUCCACUAGAUAUUGUUUUCGUUUUGAAGUACAAGUGUUCAGUUGAUAGUUAAAAAAAAUGGUUAACUAUGUUUUAGGGGUUUUUUUACGAGUAGAAUUUUCAUUUUUGUUGUUUUUUUUAACAAAUGUUUUCUUUUAAUAAAAAAAAAAAUCCCAGAUCCCCUCCCUAAUAAAUCCAAUGCCUCUACUAAAAUGUACUGUGUAAGCCUUUUUUAAUGAGAUAAUUAUCUAUAUAAAAUGUAUUAAUUAACUAAGGACUCCUUUCCUUUCCUUUGAUAUUUCACUUCUGACUAUAUCAGUACUUACUGUGAUAGCCCUUAAUAUUUAAACAGAGAACUUAAAUUGUCUGGCUAACUACACCAUGUAAUCAUUCUAAAGGUCUAAAAUAAAUAAAGGCAUAACAAUCCACUCUUCCCAAAGUAUAUUAUAUUUUUUAUAUCACACAGAGUACCAAUAUUGCUUAACAUAUUUGUAUCAUGUGAUAAUAUGUGAGGUACUCUAUGUGAUCCAUUCUUAAAACUAACGAGACAUUGUGAAUCAGCUCUUAUUCGAGCUAAUUUUCAGAUUUCUUAGAUACCUACUGAACCCUUUUCCUUCCAAAUUAUAAAUUAAAAUGUUAGAAAUUAAGCUAAUAUAUUCUACAUCAGGUUAUUAGCAUUCAUACAUUAUUUCCUCAGUAGAAAGGUGAUUCGACUAUUGCACCCAACAAAAUACAGUUUUUGAGCAUUCUAUGUUAUAAUUGGUGUAGCAUGUUUCAAACACAACUCAACUGGUCAAUCAUUUGUUUAAGAUUCAACACAGAGUACCUUUAAAGGGACACUAAAGGUACCAAAAUAAUUACAGCUCAAUGUAGUUCUUCUGGUAAGUAUGGUCAGUUCCUGCAGGCUUUUUAAUGUCAACACUGUCUUUUCAUAGAAAAGGCAGUGUUUACAUUUCUGCCUAGUAACACCUCUAGUGUCAGUCACUCAGACGGCCACUAAAGGUGCUUCCUGGGUCAGUGCUGCAAAGUGUGCAGCACUGGUGUUGAGCAUUUCUGAACGUUCCCCAUAAGGAUGCAUCGAUUCAGCGUAUGUCUAUGAGGAGAUGCUGAUUGGCACAGGAUUUUGUCACGCAUAUGCAAUAGCCUCUCAAUGCUUUCCUGUGGGAAUUCAUUGGAUUGGCUGAUAUCAGCAACUUUGAUGAUCUCAGCUACGAAGGUGGAACGAGGCAGGUCAAGUCACAGCGAGACCGGCGCAACGCUGGAACAAAGGUGAGUAAAAGGGGGCUUGUGCACCUAAAAAGCUAUUUUUACCACUGUGGUGUCAGGAAUACAUCUUUGUGUUCCUUUAACAUUGUUCAAUUCAACAACACCAAAUUUACCAAUGUUGAACUAUCUCAUUCAAAACGAUAUUGCUUAUGUGUGAUAUAGCUUCUCCCUCCAUAAAUUCAUUGCACAAGCACUGUUAAGGAUUGAGUGGAGUUCUGGAUUGUAUAAUACAACUAAUUUUUGACUAGUCCGAUAAAGUGGCAAUAAAAUAAGGUUGUAUUAUCUCAUAAAUCAGAUAAUACAUCAGCAAUCAUAAAGGCUAGCUGUGCAGAGCUUUCCUUUGAUGGAGCCAUGGUUCUGAAUCAUAUUACACCAGAUCCCGCUGUUUUAACGAACAUAAAACUAAAUUGUUCUCAGCAGGCUGAUUAUGUAGGUCAUUAACAGGCUGCAUCUACCAUCCAACUCUGUUUUGCAGUAAAACACAGCACUAAAGGUAAUGACAUUAGCAGGGCAAAGUAUAUGGAACUUAUUGCCCCAUAAACUGUAGCAUACUAAAAAAGAAUUAACCAUAUAGAAUGUACCACUGUACUCGGCACUCAAUGACACGGCUUUUUAAACCAAUAAACUCAUUGCGCUAUUGAAACUCAUUGAACUAUUAAAACAUAAAGUGCCCCAUAGAGUAAACAAUUUUUUGCCCAAUGUGAAUCUAUAUUGUCCCAUAAAGUAUCAAUAUCAACCAAAUAAUAACAUGAAUUUGCUUGGUGUUUUAAUACUAAGCUUUCUGUAGAGAGGGUUUAUGUAAAACAGGGUUUCAUCUGGAGACACCUAGUCUGAGUGUGCACGUAAGUUCCUUCCCUGGAGCCGGAUUUUUCGUCAUUUGCGUUACACCAUAUGUCAUUUUAAUGAGUUCUGAACCUCUGAGUGUAAUUGUUUAAAAGAUCAAUGAUCCAGAACAUUUAAACGUUGGAAAAGAAAUCAACUUUGUUGCAUCUCAUAUUUGUCAGGUUUUUUUUCACUUAGGACAGAAAGGGUUAAUUACUAACUUGUCAAUUGUCAGGAAUUUAAAGUAAAUUCAAAGUAAAUGUUAGACCAAAAUAAUGUUAAAAAGUAACUGUACAUUUUAUAUAAGCAUAUUUUUUUAACCUUGCACAUAAAGUAACUGUACAUUUUAUAUAAGCAUAUUUUUUUUUCUCUGAAACUGCUAUGUUUAUAAAAAAAAAAGGGUUAAUCCUAGAGGGACCUGGCACCCAGACCACUUCAUUAAGCUGAAGUGGUCUGGGUGCCUAUAGUGGUCCUUUAAUGAAAAAGGAUAGUUGAGCUUAUUUUACUGAAGAAUAGGUCACCUAGCUAAUUGCUUAUUGUACAUAAUCUAGGUCCCAAUCAUAAAACAUUAAGAUGGGAACCUAGAUUAUGUACAAUAAGCCACUGUGUAAGAGAGAAUUUGUAGGAGAUUGAGAAAGCCAAGGCUCUCUCCGGCACAUAGUCCGACCCAUUUUAAGCAGCACUGAAAAUGGGGAAAAUACUCUUCCACAUUAUCAUGUGGAGAUACACCCCAUUUGGACAGCAAUGUUAGUCUGUGAGGGCUAGUAUAUCUGUAACACAAUUAGAUAGAAUGAGCUGUAGUGGUUAUGGUGAUUACAGUGCCCCUUUAAUUAUUUAUGCAGGAAAUAAAAGCUGAGAAGCAAUGUAACACUGUAUUUCAAUAAUGAAAAUUAUAGGUUCAGCUGAGUUGGAAACAUUUUUCCCAAAUGGAUAUUCUGGCCAAACUUUUUGGUGCUGCAUGUCGAUGAGCCAGAAUUCACUGUUUUGCAAACACACAAACCUCAACCCUGCCUGAAUAAUAUAUGCACAUUUUCCACCUACAUUUAAUUGUAUAAUGAAAGCAUGCAAGAAUGUAAUGUAAGUUUGAAACUGUGGAAGGUGUAACUGAUCAUGCUUGUUUUGACAGGUGGUAUACUUCACUGCAAUAUUUCCAUACAUUGUCCUUCUUAUUCUCUUGGUACGAGGCGCUACGUUGGAAGGGGCGUACGAAGGGAUUAGUUAUUAUAUUGGCGCACAGUCGGAUUUUUCAAAACUAAAUAAUGCAGAUGUAAGUGGUAUCUUAAUAUCAGUGAUUAAUGUUUAUACUGUUUCAUUGUCAUAUUUUAGAUUUUUUUAUGCCAGUUAGAAAGAGGCUCAAGGAUUUUUUACGUCCUAGUUUAUAACAUAAUAUUUGGCUGUCAGCUCUCAUUCUGAAUUGUUCUUUAAUUUAAGCAAUAUUCUCCCACCUUUACAAAACCUCAACUUGCUUCUUUUUUUGCUAAGUGAUUACUAUUAUAUCCCACAAAAAUAACGUGAUGUUAUUAUUAUUAAUAUUUAUAAUGCGCUCGCAAAUUCCACAGGGCUGUACAACAGGUGUGUUAACAAACGAGUAGUUGCAACAUGACAAGUUGUUAACGGUUAAAUUGAUAUAAUAGUGGGGAUAGAUAUAGCGCUGACUCUGGUGGGCAGCGAACACUGAAACUUGGGUAACCUAACAAGCCAAAAAUACUGUACAAGUAAAACGUGAAAGAGAAACAGGUUUUCUUGGUUAAAUUGAUAUGUCUUCAUGAAGUGAGUUUCAUUAAUACACCUCCUUGAGAAGUUGGGCAGACUGCCAUCCACACUAGCCUCACAAUCCUAGAUUAAGACACUUAUGUCUAUUGUAUUACACAUAUUUUAUACAGAACAUUGAUUUGUAAUGCCACGAACAUUUCAUAAUCAUUAUAUUUUCUUCUUCAGGUCUGGAAAGAUGCUGCCACACAGAUAUUUUUCUCCUUAUCGACUGCAUGGGGUGGCCUGGUAGCUCUCUCAUCAUACAACAAAUUUAAAAAUAAUUGUUAUGGAGAUGCCAUAAUGGUGUGCGUCACAAACUGCCUCACAAGCGUCUUUGCUGGAUUUGCAAUAUUCUCCAUAUUGGGCCACAUGGCCUUUAAAGCUGAGAAGCCUGUACAGGAUGUAGUGGAUUCAGGUAAACUCAGUGUGACCACUAAACAGCUUAAUGCAAAAUACACAACACGGGGUAAUCACUUAAGUGUUCGACUGUCAGGAAAUCAAAGUGAAUUCAAAGUAAAUUUUAGGCCAAAAUUAAAUUCUCCUGCUUGUUUAUGCUGACUUCCUUUGAAAUGAAUUCUGGCUUCCUUUUAAAUGAAUUCUGACUUCCUUUUAAAUGUCCAUCAAGUAAUUAAGUCAUUUAUUUUAAUUAUUAUAAUUAAUACAGUGUCAACAAAUUAUUCAGUGCUUUACAAUCAUAGAAUGGAAAUAAUUGACAGCAACAAGUUGAUAUACAAAAUAUUAAGAGACAAGAGGGAUAGAAGUCCCUGUUCAAACAAGCUUACUAGCUAUGAAAUUUAGUGAAUAACCUGGACAAUAGCAAAUAUCUAAAGAGAAAAUGAUAUAUCUGAAGAAAUGUAUAUAUCUGUACUACUUUAGUAGUACAUUCCAGUGUAUAUUCUGUACUGUACGUGUGUGUGUAUACACAAGACACUCAACUUCAAAAUAGCUUUAAAAUCUAUAAAGUCAUAAACAUUUUAAAACCUAUGGCUUAGGUAAAAAUAAUAAGGGUUUAGUUACAAUCUAACCAAUUUACUGUCUCCAAUUUUUAUAUGCAAUAUUCUAACAGCUGAUAUGCAAUCACCCACCCUACUCAACAUUCAGUCCGAGUUAUCUAAACACACAGAACCAAAGAUUAUAUUAACAUCUUGUAUGCCCCAACAGCCAUUACUAACUAAACUACAACACUCAAAAAUUGAACUUGCGUGUCUUUGAAGCAAUAUAAAUUUACACCCUGUAUUUUCAAUUUGCAAAGUAAAACUAAGGCUUUAGAGGAGAUUAAUGAUGUCUAGACAAUGUGUAUGUGCUUGUUUGUUAAAUGUUACUUUGUUGAGGAGUGUUUUCUCCUUUGGAAGUGUAAUUUGGAUAUUGGUUUUUUUUUUUUAAUUCAUUUUAAUUUUUCACACUAAUCAAAUUUAUUUAUAAAUGUUGAUUAUUGGUUUUAAAAACGAUAUUGACGAUUGUUGGAAACAUUUAGCAGUAAUGGAUACAUGAAAUAAAUAUAUAUUGUUGCUAAUCAGCUAAUUUCUCAUGCAUUAUGCUGUGCACCUCUUGUUAUAUUGCAUUAUAGAUUUUUACUAUAUUGAUUUAUAUAUUUUACUAGGAUUUGCUUUAGCGUUCAUUGCCUAUCCGGAAGCUCUGUCCCAGCUGCCCGUUGCUCCAUUGUGGUCUAUUUUGUUCUUCUUCAUGCUGCUGACUCUUGGGUUAGACUCUCAAUUUGCAUCUGUAGGUGAGUUUGUGCUGAUUUUAUCUGGAUAAAUGUCGGUUAAUCAUUUGAUGAGUUAAAGGGAUAUAUUGUACUUGCCCGUUCCACAUUAACAAUAUCAAUGAAAAUAAAUUUUGUUCAACCAUGGGCCAUCAGAACUCUGGUUACGUCACCGUAUUGUGCCUGUGUAUUGUUUAAACUUUCGAUGCCUUUCUAAUCUUGUCACUUCCUUCUCUGUGGAUACAUGGAUCAUUUCAGGGAAAUGUGAUAACAAUAGUAGCAUGUAGAGUGCCAAGUUACACAUUAUAAGGCCAUAAACAAACACUGUUUAGGUCCUUUGCUGAGCAAAAUGUACCAGUUUGUCUUGUAACUGAGUCAAAGGAUGCAUGACAAACUAAUACAUUGUGUACAAAACGAAUUACAGCUCCAAGCUUUGUACAGAAAAAAAAAUACAAAUGUUGUCUCAAAUCUUAAAAAAAAACCUGUUUUGUUACACUUUUUUCUGCUUUUCCUUUGUUAUCGGUGGGAGCUAAGAAACCUGAGCGGAUGUUUUACAUAUCCCAAGUUAGGACAAAAUGAGUUAUCGUCUAAAUCUUGAAUUGUAGAGAAGUGACAAGUGAAUUACAAACUUAAAGGACCACUAUAGGCACCCAGACCACUUCAGCUUAAUGAAGUGGUCUGGGUGCCAUGUCCAUCUAGGGUUAACCCUUUUUUCUAUAAACAUAGCAGUUUCAGAGAAACUGCUAUGUUUAUAAUAGGGUUAAUCCAGCUUCUAGUGGCUGUCUCUUGACAGCCGCUAGAGACGCUUGCGUGCUUCUCACUGUGAUUUUCGUGCUUCUUCACUGUGAAUGCUUUCCUAUGAGACUGGCUGAAUGUGUGCGCGGCUCUUGCCGUGCAUGCGCAUUCAGCCGAAGAGGAGGAGGAGAGCUUCCUGCCCGGCGCUGGAGAAAGAGGUAACUUUAACCCCUUCUUCUCCAUCCAGCCCGGCGGAUGGAGAACACUAUCGUGUUUUUCCUGGCACUAUAGUGGUCCUUUAAGGCUGAUAUAACCAUAUUUUAAAAAUGAUUUAAAAACAGAAUUUCUCUCUUCUCCAUAGCUAUGUAGAGUAAACUACCACUAUGUAAUACCCCAAGUAAAUGAUUAUUGAAGAGUGUAAAGUUAAGUUAGUUAUAUAUUUACCCCCAAAAUUUUGAUGCAAACAAUUAACAAUAGACAUCAAUUAACAUUAAGGAAAAAUUUAGGGGCUUAUAUUAGUAAGAAUGUUAUUAAAUCCAAGGGUUCACAUACUUUUUACACCUGCACUGUGAAUGUUUACAUGAUGUGUUCACUCAAAACAUGGCAACAUUUUAUUCUUAGUUUGUUAUUAGUUUAAGCAGACUGUGAUUGUCUAUUGUUGUGACUUAGAUGAUGAUCAGAUCACAUUUUAUGACCAAAUUGUGCAGAAAUACAUAUUAUUUCAAAGAUUUAUUUGAACAUAGUAAAUACUUUUAUAAAUUAGUGGAGUAUGUCUCACUUAUUUCUCAAUGUAGAACAACCUUAUUUUCCAUUAUAAUUUUUUUUAAUUUGGAGAACAUUUUUUUAAUUGAAACAUUGCAGUUUUGAAAUUAUAUAGGGUAAAAAAUAUAUGGGUCUAGAUUUAAUAUUUUUGGACACGUGUUUCAUAUUAUAACUUUUCUAAUUAUUUAUUUACAAAAAGUCCCAUAGGUUUUACUGGUAACUUCUGUAGGUACAUCAUUUGAAAAAAAAAAAUUCUAACAGAUUGUGAUAAUUUAAAAAGCUUAUCAAAGAAUACUAAACGUAGAUCAUAAAUAAAUAAGUAAAAUAAAAAUGCAUACAUUUUCAAUUUUAUGUAGAGAAACCUAGGGUUUGGAUAACAAGGGAGGGGGGGAGGAGACCCCCGACUGAGAAAAUGGAAAGCAAGGUCUAGAGAUGAAGAGGGAAAAGGAUGAAAAAAUAAGUAGAAUAAUAAAAACAACAUAUAUUUUGAGGGUUUGUGAAAUGCCAUCUACAGGUCAUGAGUUUAGAGAUGGUUCCAUCUGGGAUUGUGAUAUGGGCUGUGGAUUGUCCUAUUGAACUGCAUCAUGAAUGAUAAAGUUACUGAGCUUUGGGGUCCAUGUGUACGACUCAGCAAACAAAACAUUUAAAAUAUUGGUAUUUUGUGCAAGGUUGCUUAAAAUACAUAUUUUCCAACUCUGAGUUACUCAUCUAUUUCUUAACUUAACUUACAAAAAUAAGAUGCUAAUAUGCUAAUCAAAAUUCAAAGGGACAUAGUCUGCCAAUUGUAUUUAAAUUGCUUACUCACCCAAAUUGGAUAGAACGUUAUGCUAUUUGUCCUUAACCUGUCAGAACAGUUCCAUUUAGUAGUUUCCCAACUAAGCCCUCAGGUAAUGACUGAUUAACCAUAUAAUUAAAAUCCGGUUUACUCUCUGACUCACAAGAAAGGGACGCACCUUCUAUAUGGGAAAAUAAUCUCUACUAAUAUAAUGAUGAUUAAAUAUAUUGAAUAAGUUAAAACCUUGUUUCUACAUAAAGUUCAGUUUUCUCUAAGUAUGACAAUAGUGAGUAUAUAACAGAGAUAUUUCUAAAUAAUGUUGUAUUUGUAUUUAUUUAUAUUUUUUAAAUUCUACAUCCUAAUUGCUUAUUCACAAACCAUAUGCAGUUCAGUACUGAAAAAAAUAUUUUGGAAAAUUUAGGCCAGAGUAACUUAGUUGGAAACAUUUUACAAUGGUUUUCUUGCAACUUAGUUGUCACCUGAACACAACUGGAUGAAAAGUACAGCAACUAGUACACACUCAUGUCUAAAUGUGGUUUUUGUUUACUUUCCGCACAGAGACAAUAACAACCACUAUACACGAUGCGUUCCCAAAGGUGAUGAAGAAAAUGCGUGGUAUUAUAACUGCUGGAGCGUGUGUUGCGUUUUUCUUACUUGGUCUACUCUGUGUUACUGAGGUAAUAUUUUUUAUAUUAUUUUUAUUAUUAUUAUUUAUAAAGCACCAACAAAUUUAGCAGCACUGUAUAAAGGGUCAAUAGGUUGCCUGACAAAUAAGUAGCUGCAACGAGACAAAUUGGACGUACUGGAACAUAAAGUGCUGAGUGAGGGCCCUGCACAAAUGAGGUUAUAUUCUUUGGGUUUUGAGAGUCUGCAUUUCUUAGGUGGAAACAUCUCAGUCUAAUAUUGAAUGAUGCUGCUGUUAACCCCUUCAGGACGGAGUCAAUAGUACACGUUCUGAUCAAAACAAAACGUAAACAAAAACUGGAAUUUGCGCUAUAUGUCUGUUCAACCGUAAUUCACCUCUUUCAUAUUAAAUGCACCCACACUUAUUAUAUAUCAUUUUGUUCAAGAGAAACAGGGCUUUAAUUUAUUAUUAACUAUUCAUAUAUGGAACAUAAUUUAUUAUGAAUAAAAUCAAAAAAAUUGAGAAAAUAAGAUUUUUAUUUUAAUUUGUAUUUCCGUCUGACAUUUUAGCUGUUAAUGUCAUAAUACUGUUAAGUAUUACUGCAAACAAAGGCCCAUAUUUGUAAUCAGCGAUGUCUUACGAGUACAACAGUACCCCCCAUUAACAGGUUUUAUGGUGUUUUGGAAAGUUACAGGGUCAAAUAUAGAACGUUCCAUUUUCAAAUUGAAAUUUGCCAGAUUAAUAAUGUUACCUUUGAGACGGUGUGGUAGCCCAGGAAUGAGCAUUACCCCCAUAAUGGCAUACCAUUUGAAAAAGUAGACAACCCAAGGUAUUGAAAGUGGGGUAUGUUUAGUCUUUUUUAGUAGCCACUUAGUCAGAAACACUGGCCAAAGUUAGCGUUCAUAUUUGUUUUUGUGUGAAAAAAAGCAAAAAACUAAUAUUUGGCCAGUGUUUGUGACUAAGUGGCUACCAGAAAUGACUGGACAUACCCCAUUUGCAAUACCUUGGGUUGUCUACUUUUGCAAAUGGUAUGCCAUCAUGGGGGUAAUUCUUAUUCCUGGGCUACCAUACGGUCUCAAAGGCAACAUAACCAAUCUGGCAAAUUUAAAUGUCAAAAAAAUGAAAUGCAAGCCUUAUAUGUGACUCUCUAACUUUCCAAAACACAAUAAAACCUGUACAUGGGGGGUAUUGUUAUUCUCGAGAGACUUCACUAAACACAAAUAUUAGUGUUUUAAAACAGUAAAGCAUAUUACAACAAUAAUAUAGUCCAUAAAAGUGCCGUUUGUUUGUAAAACAUGCAAAAACUUCACUUUUACUUAAAAUAUCAUCGUUGUAAUACAAUUUACCAGUUUGAAACACUAAUAUUUGAGUUCAGCGAAGUCUCCCGAGUAAAACAGUACCCCCUAUGUACAGGUUUUAUGGUGUCUUGGAGAGUUACAGGGUCAAAUAUAGUGCUUACGAAUUAAAUUCUCUGCACUUUCUUCCUGUGUUGUCAGGCAUGUCAAUCAAAUUUUAAUUAAUCAAAUCACAUAAUUAUGUUAAAAGAUUACUUAAAUAUACAUGUAGAAUUUUAAUAUAUGCAUUUAUAGGUAUUUAAAUUCUACAUGUAUACUAAUGUAAUCUUUUAUGUAAUUAUAUGUAUUUAUCUACAUAUAUAUUUUAGCGGUUAUUUGUAUUUUAUAUAUAGAUAGAUAUAUAUAGAAUGUCAUUCUAAGUGUAUUUUGUUACCAAUAUAUAUAUAUUAAUAACAAAAAUACAGUUAUAAUGAAAUUACAUAUGAAUAUAUAAUUUAUAUUAAAUUUUGUUUCAAUAUUUUAUUUAUUUAUUUUAUUAUUUUAUUUAUUUAUUAUUGUAAUUAUAUGUAUAUAUAUAUAUAUAUAAUAUGUGUAUAUAUCUAUUAUAUAUACAUAAUAUAUAUACAUAUUAUAUAUAUGUAAUGUCAUUCUAAGUGUAUUUUAAUACUAAUAUAUAUACUAAUAUUAGUAUUAAAAUACAUUACGUAUUACGUUACAUAUAUAUAAUAUGUAUAUAUUGGAGCUGCAAGCCGUUACGGCGUUCUAUGCCGCCGCAACGGCUUUAAAGCCCUUUAAAGCCGCGACGGCAUAGAACGCCGUAACGGCGUUAAGGGGUUAAUUUCGGGCUAGGGCCUGAUUCUCUGCAUGUGGCAUAUUGCCUGUCAUGCAGUCCUCCUAUAAUGCUUACUAAAGGUCUCCAAUAUUAAUUUGUUAAGUAAUUAUGGAGUUUAGCUUGAGCUUUUUUCGACUUAGCUACUACCGGGCAGAUAUAUGACGCCUUUAUUCCCCCUAACCCCUCCUUCCCUUGAAUAACGUAUAUACAGGUAGUCCUCACUUAACGACUUACCUGUUUACCAAAUGUCCCUGGUUCCAACCUAGUACCAGGCUGGUAGCAGGCUGAGGUGGUCUGUGUUCAAGAGAAUUUCCCUGAACGUACAUUUCAGGGAUUCACCACGAUUUGUUAGGGGAAUUCCUUCCAACAUAGACCUGUUCUCUAGAGCAUGCAAGACUUGGUUGUCACACUGGUCUGAUCCAAUUCCUUUUAUGACUUAGUCGUAGGAACGGAACUCAGUAGAUAAGUGAGGAGUUAAGAAAAUACAAACAAAGCAGUAAAGUAUACACACUAUACAAGAUGUGAAAAUCAAAUAUUGGGGAGAGCUCCCAGGUGUACCUCACUGACACCUAAUACACAUAUAAUUGAAAAACCAAGUGGAAAACACCUCCCAAAUACGUGAUAAUAUAAGAACAAGUACAAAUAACCUGAAAUAUAGGUCGUGGUUCAUAAACGAAAUAAACAAAAUAAACAAAAUUGAAAUCAGGCUUCUCACCCUCCCAGGGGUAGCAAUCUUAUGGAAAGACAAUCCUCCAUGGGAUAUAUAAAAGAGUAAAAGAACAAAUAUGGUGAAGUAUGUAAUAAAAAUUACAAAAUUAAAUUUAUUGGUAUCACUUACAAGUGAAGAGAAAUAACAGGCAUAUCUCCAUAUGACAUGGAACUCUCAGGAACAAUAUGGAAGGUAAUCCAAUGGAAAAUCCAAUGGCAGGCAAAAUUAAAAUGAAAUAAAAACAAACUACAUACAAAAUAUAAAAUAAUAUAGCAGCAUAUGUAAAACUGAAAGUUCUUAUCCAACGCGUUUCGUCCAAGAAAAGGGGACUUCCUCAGGGAUAUAAAUGUGCUGAUACUUCCAGGUAUAUAUAGGGCAACAUCCGUAAUCAUCGUCAAUUCGAAAAAAACGGGUAUCCGGCGUCCCCUUUUCUUGGACGAAACGCGUUGGAUAAGAACUUUCAGUUUUACAUAUGCUGCUAUAUUAUUUUAUAUUUUGUAUGUAGUUUGUUUUUAUUUCAUUUUAAUUUUGCCUGCCAUUGGAUUUUCCAUUGGAUUACCUUCCAUUUUGUUCCUGGGAGUUCCAUGUCAUAUGGAGAUAUGCCUGUUAUUUCUCUUCACUUGUAAGUGAGACCAAUAAAUUUCAUUUUGUAAUUUUCAUUACAUACUUCACCAUAUUUGUUCUUUUACUCUUUUAUAUAUCCCACGGAGGAUUGUCUUUCCAUAAGAUUGCUACCCCUGGGAGGGUGAGAAGCCUGAUUUCAAUUUUGUUUAUUUCGUUUAUGAACCACGACCUAUAUUUCAGGUCAUUUGUACUUGUUCUUAUAUUAUCACGUAUUUGGGAGGUGUUUUCCACUUGGUUUUUCAAUGAUAAGUGAGGAGUGCCUGUACUGCAAUUUUAUGCAUAUGUUUGUGAAAUUGGUAACAUUCAGCUCUGCCCAAUGUAUAGAUGAUACUUUACAUUCAUCGGGUACAAUAUAAUGAGACACUAGAGCUAUUUAUUAUUCUUCCUGAAAUCAAAAUCAAGCACCCAUGAUUUUUAAACUUAGAUGAGUACUUGACGUAGAAAUAUUGCUUGUAUACUCAUCAACCUUUCUCUGACAUGAUUGGAUUCUUGAAUAAAUUGCCCACUAGAGGACAGUCUAAUCAAAGCUCCUAACACACUCUCUAUGACAGUGCUGCUCCUAACUCCAUGCAAACACAAUCAAGCAACAAACUAUGGAAGCCUGAUAGGCAGAUAUGUAAAGUGCUAUCAGUAUUUAAAUGGACUUUUUCAUGUCUGCUGAUAAUUAUUAUUCUGAUUUUGCAGGCAGGGAUUUUCUGGGUGGAUCUUAUUGACUACUUUUGUGCUGGAUGGGGAAUUCUUAUUGCAGCAAUUCUGGAAAUUAUAGGAAUAUGCUGGAUUUAUGGUGAGUGUAACGUAAAAAAACCGAUGUUACUAAAUAACAAUGUAUCUAGCAGUGUAGCAGCAAUAUACAAAGUAAGGCCAGAUGUCACCUUAUAUAGUAGCAGUAGACACUAAGGGCAGAUGUGAUCACUCAAUAGAAGAAAUAACUAGUAUCAAAAAACAUCAAUGUGCCAGGACAGUCAUGAAUAAUAUGAUUUGCCUAUCCCUUGUCCUAAAUUGAUAAAAUAAUGGAUAGACAUGCAGACAGAAAAAAAUUCAUGUAUAAAGAAAAUGAAUUGCCAGAAUGCAAACCUCAGUUGCUAUAUCUAUCACCAUGAUGUUUACAUUUGUGUAUUUACGGUCCUAGCGAUCUGUUUUGGUCCAUAAAUGUAGUCUGCAACAUGGCACAAAAUUCAGAGUUAAUAGAGGGGUCAUAUUUGACAAAGGCAUUUUAAUAGGAUUUUUUAGAUUUAUAAAGGCAGAACAUUAUUCUAAAAAUGAUUACUUAAGUCAAUUUCUAUUAAACUAAAGUAAUGCAUUAAAGGAUCAGUCGUGCAAUAUGAGCCUGACACUCAAUGUCAGGCACAAAAUAUGGUACCAAGUCUGGUUGCAGGUCCAGCUCUGAUAUAUUAUACAAAUUGUAUAUGAAGUUGCAGGGAAUCAGUUAUAGGUCAAGACCUAGACUGUGUCCAUUUAGCUGCAAUUCACAAAAAGUAUUCAUAACAAUAAGGCAUGUAGUCUAUAAAAAUGCCAAUGGUGUUUGAAAAUCUCCAGAACCUUAAAUAGCAUUAUUUUUUCAUAAUAUACCCUACAGCAUCAAGAGUCUGUAAUAGUGUUGUAAUAUUUUUCUUGUAUUUCAAAGGUGGAAACCGUUUUAUUGAAGAUAUUGAAAUGAUGAUUGGGAAAAAAAAUUGGAUAUUCUGGCUGUGGUGGAGAAUUUGCUGGUUUUUCGUAACCCCUCUUCUAUUGUUAGUAAGUCAACAAAGCUCUGUGAGAUUCAGUUCAUGUAAUUGAGGACAUAGGUUGGGGCGACCUGAGCCACAGUGUUUUUGGAGACACAAAUCCCGUUUCCUCAUGCUAGUAUAAAUAAAUAGUAUGUUCAGUUGUGCAUUACAGAGAAUUUUCCCACUGCCGUGGCAAAUAAAUCUGAAAUGAACCAUCUUGGCCAAUUAACUAAUUUCUCUCAAGCAUCAAACAUUGUUUUUUUCUUAGUGAUAUCUUCUAUUUUGCAUGCUGACCAUGAGGCAAACCAGGGAAAUUUAGUUGAUGCUUAUUUGCCAAAGCCAUUUAAUGCUAUGUAAUCCACAAUUGUGGAUUUUGCUGAACUAAGUCUGGUCUAGUCAACAUUCUGCGUUACUCAUGACAACAUUCUAUUGUUCUCUUUGUAGGCCAUUUUGAUCUGGUCCCUGGUAACAUUUUCAAGCCCAAUGCAUGGAUCUAUUCCAUACCCCACAUGGGGCAUUGCUGUAGGCUGGUUAAUGAUAAUAUUCUGCAUUAUUUGGAUUCCUAUCCUUGCGUGUGUAAAACUGUACCAGUCUGAAGGAACACUUUUGCAGGUAAGAAUCCACGACCAUGAUGCUAUACAUACAUUUAGACACUAUGGGGUCUGCUCACUACGAUAGACUUGAGACUUUUUGGAAUAGUAAAAAACAAACAAACACAAAAAAAAAAAAAACAUUCUAAGCCAGGAAGUAGAAUGUGGGUGGAGAAUUAAUUUUAAAAAAUGAAGAAUGAUUUCCAGCUUGAUUCAAGUCCUUUACAUACCUUUAUAGUCAGAUGAAGUCAUUUCCCUCUAUAUUCUGUGCUAUAUAGACGGCUUUAAGCUCCUCAUUUUUAAACAUUUAGAUUUUUGUAUCUGUCGUUGUAAAUCAAAUAGGAUAUAAUAGUAAAAGAUAAUUUCUUUACAGCGCUUUCGGAAGAUAUGUGUCCCAACCCCAGACUGGGGACCUGCCCUGGAGCAACAUCGACAAGGAAGAUACAAACCUACUGAUUUACAGAACGUUACAAAUGAUGUCAACUUGCCAACAAUAGAUGGAGGAUUUGUCAACACAGAGUUUGUUCCGGAUAACUAAAAGAAAAACCAAAGGAUAUAUUUAUUAUUUUUGUCCCCUUAGUUUUUAUUGAUGCAAAGAGGUUUUUUAACCAGUAAGAAACCAGAUCUCCUUUAUUGUGCAUGGAAUAGCAAGUGGCACAUUGGACAAGAGCAUUUCUUGAAGCUAUUCCUUGUAGUAUGGUUUCAACAUCGGAAAAUUCAACAGCAAAAAUUUCAUAGUGAACUUGAUAAAUAUAAAACACAAUCAUUAUUUGAAUAUAAUUCCCAUUUGCAGCAUCCUUUUUUUAAGGAAUGUUUUUAAGGAAUGUUAGGUUUUAGAGAUUGUUCUUGUAUUUUGUUUUUCAAUUUUACCAAAGAUAUAGUUCGUUUACAUGAGUUUAUAAUAAUAUAAUGCAACACAACACUUCUUAAAGGCACAAAAAAAUGCAAGAAUUCAUUGACAUGAUGCCAGAUACAUGGUGCUCAUAGUAUAAAAUUAUUUUGCACAACUAUUCCAUAUCUUUGUUUGCCACUUUCAAAUGAAGAGUGGAGAUUGGUUCUCAUCCAUCAUUAUUAUUGCACAUAAAUACUUUUAUUUUUUUAGAUUCACUUGAAUGAUACACUGUGCACAAUACGUUUGUGCAUGUGCAGUAGUUCUCUCAUUGAAUGCUUCAGGAUUGCCAGGACUGGCUGAAGAGAUAGCAGCCCAUUUCUAAAUGGCCUCAUGGACAGUGGAGAAAGAUCAGAGGCCCAAAGAUGUAUUGAUAAAGAGGGACCUUCAGACUUGACUAUCUCUAUAACACAUUCAUUUCCAUGUCACUGUCUUAGUGUUGCAUAUGUUUCACUAUGCAAUUUGUAUGAAUCAUUUAUCAAAGUGUCACUGACAUGUUUACAUCUAAUUUUCAGAGAUUUUUUUUUUGGAGCAAUUUAUUAAAUCUGAUGAGUUUUGUUUCAUUUGUUGCUGCAUUUAAAAAAAUGACAGAAUUUAGCACUCACUUUUCAGAACACUUUGAUGAAUAACCCCAUUGCAACUAUUAUUGAAGCAUUCCAUAAACCUGGACAAAAUUAGUAUAUAUGCUUCCUUAAUGGGGCACUCUGAGAAAUAUAGCGCCUAGUGUGUAAUGGUGCCAUCCCACAGUUUAUUGUCGAAUAGUGUAGGGACCAUUUGCCACAAACUGGGACUCUUCCUGAUGCGUAGAGACCACUCUCUCCUCGGCUGCACGGAUAAUGCGGAAUAUAUACAAAUUAUAAGUGUAAAUUUCAUCCAACCGAAUGGCUUAAUUCUCUCCAGCAUUUUUAACCAAUCACUGCCCUCCAGAGUGUAACUGAUAUUGAUAAUACAGAUGUAUUAAUUCCACAUUAUCAGUUGGGCCAAGUAGGGAGUGCUCCCCAGGCACUGGGAAGAGCCUUAAUUAAUGUCAAUAUGGUCCUAAAUAGUUUGACAAUAAACCAUUGGGAUAUUGCAAUGAAACACUAGGCAACAUAACCACUAAAGCAAGUUGUAGUGAUUUAAUUGCUUAGAGUACAUUUAGGAUAUGAUAAUUCAUGUUUUAAUAUGCAUGUAUGAACUUUUUCUAGGGGAGCAAAAAAAAACAAAAA